AUGGCUCACCGCAAAUGCUCUGUUUCAAUUACGUCUUCUGGAUCUAAUACUACAUCUCCAAGUUCCAAAGAAUCUGAUGUAUCCAGCAAACGUGGAAAAAACGCGGCAGAUGCGUCCACUAAAUUGUCAGAUAAGGACGGACAUAAGUCCAAAAAAGACAGGGGACAUAGUAACCUGGUAACAAUUGAAAAGAAGACCGAAACAACAAAAAGAAGAUCACGAAAUAAGGUCCUUACGCCGCGGGAGCAGUGCAUACAUGUUGCACAUUGGAUCCCACACGGCCUCAAUAUGUUCUGCGAUCUCAAGCAGGCAAUCCAGGUAAGUCUACUUUUGGAACAAGAAGCUGCCGAGGCCGAGGACAGAGAUGAAACGGAAGAAGAACACAUCAAGGCUGCCCGCAGGAAGAUUCUGGACACCUGGACUCUAAUCGGUAGGAGGAAAAAACGCGAUGAGCUUGCGCAACUCAUUGGCGAGAUGCAAAAUAUGAUUAAUCACACGCGCUCUGAGGAUGCAAGUCACCUCAAGUCUCGCAUGGGCUCAUACGCCGCUCCAAACCCAGACAAAGAGCUUAUCCGUCCGCCCAUCACUGACGACAGCAAGAGCCGCGCUCAAAUGGGUUUUAAUCACAUCCAGCUGGGCAAAUUGCUUUGUCCAGUUAAGUAUCUGGUCGACUACAUCGAGGAUCCGCAUGGGAUGAAGAACAAGUUCGAUAGCGCAUCAUUAAAGGUGACCGCUGCCUUAUGGCCCGCCUUUCUCUAUCCAGGCAACACUGUGGGCGAAGAUUUUGACCCGAAAGACAUUAUUGAAGGGCUUUUUCGCAGAUAUCUUUUGGAGCGGGUUACUAAACAUAUCUUCACCUCUCCGUCAUCUGCGCUCAAGGCUGGUGUCUCUAGCGGAACUCGCGCUUGCAAUGCAAAGCUCCACGGGAUGAAAGAAGUGGGGGCCGAGCAUAUCGCAUAUGCUGCGGUUCAGUCUGUAUUUUACAGGCUCGCUUUGCCACUUAGCUCACUUGAGAAAUGGAAAGACCACGACGGUCUUUUCUAUUACACUGACUUUUAUACUAGGAUUGUAAAUCUUAUUCGGGGGAGGAAGGACGAGGAGUGGGUUAACUCCCUUCUAGGACAUUAUAACGAGAAACUGUUUGGCAAUGAAAACGGUGCCAUGCCUUGUCAUUUGCUGAACACAGAGUGUUCCGAGGAUGACGAUAUGAUCGCCAUGGAACGGCAACUUGCUGCACGGGCUUCCAGAUCCUCAGAGAUGGCUUCUGCACAGUCUUCGGCACUCGAUAGGCAACAAGAGUCGCGUCACAAGUCCUUACCUCCCCCUGAUAGAUUGCCCACUCCAGAUCCUCCAAUAGCUCAAGCACUGGCUAAUCCUCGCAAGGACAAGCAACCCUCACUGCCUCCCUCGUCUCCUCAAGAGUCGGCGUGCUUCCCUACCCCCGAUCCUUCUGUCGACUCGCGCAAGGCGGAAGAAGUCUUACCUGCACGCUCCCCUACUCCCAAUCCUCCUGAUAACUCACGCAAGCACAAGCAAGCCUCCCUAUCAGCCAUUUUCGAUGAUGAGAGCCCUCUCACUGAAGAAGAUGAAGAGAUCACUCAACCUACUAAGCGCAAACGAAAGAAUGCUGCUGUUCCACCCAAGACGGCUCCGAAACGCAAGGCAAGGAAAUAG